GUCCACCGUUGCUUGUGUUUCAAUGCUUUCAGACACAACACUAUACACAAAAGAUUUAUGCAGUCCCUAAUCGUGUGCAGUAGAUUAAAUACCCCUCAGUGGUUACAGUUAGGGUUGCCACCUGUUAUGCAUUUUACAAAACUCUUCCUUAUUGGGUAGUAGGCCUACAUUGUAAAGAUCUGUCAACUCCCAAUGAAGAUUUCCUUUCACACUUCUGAGCAAGACAGUCGCUAGCACGUUCAAUUUGGCUUUUCCAACUUGUGCCGUACAUUUUGGCAGAGAUCAAACACAUAACUCCUAUUAUUUUAAAGAUAUUGUCUCCUUUAAAAAAAUAUGACUUAAUUAAAGACUAAAGUAAGGGUUUUGGAGUAUGUCUUUUUGGAUCCUACAGCGUUAGUAAAUACCAAAAAUAAAUUACCCAUGAUUCUUUUGCAAUUUAACAUACAAUAACAUAGGAUUUGUAAUUAUAGCUUACUAUGGGACUCUAUACACUAAAAUAGCAUUCAAUCAUUUAAAGAAUGCGUAUACUUUUCAAGGGGCCUCUGAAUUAGGACUGAACUGAGAAGGUUUUAUACUGUAACGCCUUUAAAAUUGUCUUCGCAUGUGGUAAUCUAGGGUUAUUGCUUAAGUCCAACCAGAAACUAAACUUCCUCUUAUUAAAAACAUGUCUAGGUUUAAUCGGAGAUAAUUGUAAUUUACUCUUCUCUUAGCUGUGCACUAGAAGGGGGUAUUAAAGCAAAACAUCUUUCUUUUCAGUUCAGUAGUACACAGCAGUUCCUGUAGAUCGCAGUGAAGAAUACAGUAUUUUACAGAGAAAAGAAUGGAAAAUGCCAAUCGCCGAACCUCUGGGUCUAGUAAUUCCAGCUGCACUGAUCUCCAGUUAAAGGAAAGCAUGUACAUCACUGCGGCCACUCUCUACAGCAUCAUCUUCCUGCUGGGGGUUGUCGGCAACGGAGUGGUCAUCUGGAUCACUGGUUUCAAGAUGACUAAGACCAUCAGCACUGUAUGGUUUCUGAAUCUGGCAAUUGCAGACUUCAUUUUUGUAGCCAUGCGUAUUUUUUCAGUGGUGAGAGAGAUGAUGCAGUAUCAGUGGCCGUUUGGCAGAAUGGUUUGCAGGCUAACCUAUUUUGUCAAGUAUCUAAACAUGUUCUCCAGCGUCUUUAUCCUCAUGGUAAUUAGCAUUGACCGCUGUGUGUUGGUGAAUUAUCCGGUUUUCUGCAAAAAGCACCGGACAGUGAAAACUUCCUCUGUUGCUAUUUCAGUGGUGUGGGCUGCUGCCAUCCUGCUCAGCUCGCCCUAUAUGAUCUUCACAGAUGUAUUUUUCGACAUCAAGAACAACCAGACCAAAUGCACCUACACUUUCGGCAAUGGAGAUAUCAACUACAAAUCAAGAGAGGUUCUCAUUUUAUACAUCGUUCGGUUCAUUGUUGGGUUUGUGGUCCCUUUUGUGGUAAUCACGGUUAGCUACGUGACCAUCGGCUGGAAGGUUAAAGGCAAGAACUGGGCCAAAACAUCCCGCAUGUUUAAGAUCAUCCUGAUUACCGUGGUGGCCUUUUUCAUCUGCUGGCUCCCGUACCAUAUUUUCACCUUCCUCAAAAGAAGCACUUUGCCUAAAUGUCACCUCCUUCUAGGAUACCGUCUGGCAGCCAGCUUGGCCUACUUCAAUAGCUGCCUAAACCCUAUUCUCUACUUUUUUGUGGGUUUCUGCAGCAGGCGAAACUUCCCCUGCUCCUUGUUGUCUGUCUUAAAAAAUGCAUUCAGUGAGGACUCUGAGAAAUCAAGUGACAGUCAAUCAUCCAAAGUGAGCGUUCAAUUAAAUAAAUAUACCAGUCAACGACGACCGUUUCAAACAGGAUUCUGGCAACAGGACCGCUAUAAAAUAGGCACUUCUUGUUAAGACAACCUACAAUUUUAAAAAGGUGAGUAACAUUUUCUUGCCUACAUUACACAUUUUAACACAAUUUCGAUACUUAGGGCCAUAUUUUCAGAGCAUUUACUCCAGUCUUUAAUUCAUUCCUAUUUUGGAGGUUAGAAAAGUUUUUGUUCCUUAGGUCAUAUAUGAUCUUGCUAUACGUUUACUCUGCUGUUACUGCAGAAUACAAUCUCUACUCCUCACUACAGCAUGUGCGCGAGUGACCCAGAUUGUCCAAAAAAAAUAAAUAAAUAAUGAGUGCAUGUAUACAGCAACACUGUUGAUGAAACAGCUAUCCCAAGACAUGGAAAGUGUGUCACCACUGUAUAUA